UUCUUUUACCUGAUACUUCUUCCUUAUUCCGAAUUGUCCCUGUUCAUUCUUUGGAGUAAAUGGGGUGUCAGAAAAUGGGUCACUUUUUAUUAGAGAAUUAAACUCGAUUUAAGUUGGUGUCUAAAUUUUCACGUGAAUGUUUACUUCUCACAUUUUAGAUUUUUUUCGAUGUUUCUUCCUCUUUUAGUAUAUGAUUUGUGGUUCCUUCCUUGAUGGGUAAUAUCAAGCUGAAGAAGGAAAGCUGAUAACCAAAAAUCUUCUAACUUAAUAUAUGCUUAUUCAUUUUUGUUUUUCUCCUUCUCUUCUUUCUGAACGUUUUCUCUUAUUAAUACCACAAGUGGAAACAACUGUAGUUGGAUUCAUACGCUGGAUCUGAAAAAGCAUGAGAAAAGGAGAGAAAUAAAAUGGGUAUAAAAGGGAAGUAUUUUCUCUGUUAUAGUUCCGUCUUGUAUAAUCUUUCUUCCUACUGUUACAAGUUUGUAGUGUGUGAACUCUCAGUGGAGUUUGUCCUUUUGCGCCGCACUGAGGAGGGAGAUUAAAGAAAAAAAAAGGACUUUUAUUCGCUUUACUCCUUUAUACUAAGGUAAAAGGGUAAAGGAACGGAGUUUGUUAAUGCUCAACUUAAUCAUUUCCUCAUGGUAUUUGUCGAGCACUACAUGUAGUUCUAGAAAGGAUGACUAUGUUCAGUGUUCUGCCAUGUCAGAGUAUGAUUUGGCAGCAGAGGGAGAUCUGUUCAAAGCUCCUGAACCUAUUAUUGAAGAGCCAAUCAUGGACCUGGAUCCCAUGACAGCUGCUAUCUCAAUGAUAUCUUGUGGGGAAGAUGUCUCCUCUCAGGGACUAAAAUCCACUGAUAUUGAUAUUCUUCAAAAUGAUCAAUUUCUGAGUGAGGUAUUCUAUGAAUGCAAGAAGGAUCUGUUAGAAAAGGCAGCAAUAGAGUCACCACUCUCUGAGAUUCUGGAAAUCAAGGUUCCUCUUCUGAACAUUGAUGAAAACUCAAUUCAAGAAAACAAGCCACUUUCUGACAUGCAGUUAGGAAAGAGUGUCAGUUCAGGAAGUUUAAGCUCAAUGGAUUGGAUUCGUGGAGCUGCAAUGAAGCCUGCUUUCAUUGAUAUCCCUGCAAUGGAUUUCAAUGCAGUUUAUGGCAUGCGAAGAUCAUUUAGUGAAGGAGAUAUAAAGACUCUCGGUAACGGAAACAUGAACAUUGUCCAAUCACCCCUUGAGAGGCCCUUUCUCAUCAGCAACUGCACCAGUGAGGAACGCUUCCAAAAGCUCUCCAGGUACAGGAAUAAGAGGACAAAGAGGAACUUUGGGAGGAAAAUCAAGUAUGCAUGCAGGAAGGCUCUUGCUGACAGUCAACCAAGAAUCCGUGGAAGAUUUGCAAGAAGUGAAGAAUGUGAGAGCAAGAGGGAAUGAAUGACUUAAUAACUGAUAUAGUAGUAGGAAGAAGGUAGAGUGAAGUAGCUAUAUCUGAUCAAACUGAGCAGUAGUAAUUAUGUGAUUAGAGCCUAUGUGGAGUCUCUGUAUGUUUGAGCAGAUAUUUGCAGAAUAAACCAGACCCCAAACUUCUUAGGGUAGUUCAUCUCUUUAUCUAUUGUAUCAUCGUCUCUAUAGACGGGAAUUACCUUCCACAUAUGUAAAUAGGUUUGUUCAAUAAUGGAAAGAUAAAGAAAA